GACAAAAUCCAGAAGAGGUAUGGCUCUGAUGGUCUUGUUGGUUCUUACCGUGUUGGUUUCAACUUUGUCCCCUGAUUAAAUGAAUGGUAAUUUCUUUAUCUCAUUCUUUGGUGGGAUAGUGAGUGAAUGGUUUCAGAAAGUUUGUCUCUUCAUAAAAAGACGAGAAACAUGAAUGCGACAUCCCAGAGCUGGAAUCUUGCCAGACCCUUCACUCCUCCAAGCAAAUAUUAGCUAUAGCUUGAAUAUCUUAACCAUGAGCGCCUAUUCCACCAUCAUUCAGAGAUGGUGUCUGGUGAUCACAUUUGCAAGUUUCAUGGUCAUUAUCUUCUUCUUCCUCAAUCACAACCCCAGCAACACCAAUUAUAUUUCAGAUCUUCAGAACCUGCCGACGCUGUUAACAACUUCUAAUCACUCUGCAACCAUCGCCAACUUGCAGUACCCUAACCCACAAAAUUUCACCCUCAACAGCGAAUUCCAAGCUGCUCCCUCUCGUAUCCCCAAUUUGUCAUCUUGCAUUCCUUUGAACUUCACCGGUACUAAUGUGGAACCCGAAAAUGAGAAAUCUUCUCAGGUUUCCUCACCAGAGUUGAAAAUUCUGGAACCAGGGAAAUCUUCACAUGCCCUGGUUCCGGAGUUGCAGAAUUCAAAGCCACCCCCAGAAAAUUUUGGCCAGAAAGUUCCUGUUCUUUCAGUCUUGGAUAACUCAAAGCCAUUAACUGCCAAUGACGAGGUUUUAACAGCAGACAGGAGAAGUUCAGAAUCAUCAACAACUGAGGAAGAAAUUGCAGUGGAGGAGAAGAAAUGUGAUAUCUUUGAUGGAAAAUGGGUAUAUGAUCCUCAAACAAGUCCUUUGUACGACCCUACAAUAUGUGAUUCCUUUUUCAGUGACACAGUGAGUUGCCGGAGGCAUGGACGGCCAGACAGGGAGUAUGAAAAAUGGAGAUGGGAAGCUAAAGAUUGUAAGAUUCCAAGGUUCAACGGCAAGGAUAUGUUGGAGAGAUUAAGAGGGAAGAGAGUUAUACUAGUGGGAGACUCCAUCAACCAUGGCCAAUGGGAAUCUCUUGCUUGCCUUCUCCAUACGUCUAUUCCCCAUCAAUCCAGGGUUCCAAAUCCAGGAUGGACUUUUAAGUCAGAGGAAUAUGACUGCACUGUAGAGUUCCACUGGUCCAAUUUCCUGGUGGAACUAGAAGAGAACCAAACAACGGGGGAAAGGAUUUUAAAACUUGACAAAAUUAGUCCUAAUGCUCAGAAAUGGAUAGGGGCAGAUGUUAUGGUGUUCAACACAGGCCAUUGGUGGGUCAACCGGAAAAGAUGGGACUUGUUUCAGUACAAGAACAAAGUGUUCAAGCAGAUGAAGCUGGAAACAGCAUUCAUGAUGGCAAUGAAGACAUGGGUACGAUGGAUUGAGGAAAACGUGGAUACAAGAAAAACCAGAGUGUUUUUCAGGGGAUUGUCGCCGGUGCAUUCCGGGAAGUACCGGUGCUACAAUGCAACCAUGCCUAUAAUGAAUGAGUCCUACAAGUUGAAAUUUGCAAAGUCCCUGAAGGGAAUUGUGGAGAGGACGAUUGCUGCCAUGAAGACUCCGGUGAAAUACUUGAACGUGACGAAGCUGACAGAGUACCGGAGGGAUGCGCAUACCUCAAUUUACAAAACUAGCAGACGGAGGAGACCUGCAAAGACGGCAGAUUGCAGCCAUUGGUGUGUGCCUGGUGUGCCUGAUACAUGGAACCAUCUGCUGUAUGCUUCUAUGGUCUUAGAUAGUCCAAGGACCACCACUUCUUAAGUUAAAUCCCUACAAACUUGAGUCACUGUUGAAUGGAGUGUUUAAACAAUCAAACUACUAAUCAUAGCUUAUUGAUUAAAUUACACUUUAGUUG